AUGGGCAACGCAGUAGGCACGCCGCCAUCCGGCCCCAACGCAUUGCUGAGCUCUGGCGGAAGGCGAGGCAGCGAGUCGAAGGAUCCGUCGGGCCGUCAGCAUUUCACUGUGACUCAACUUGCCACUUUCAACGGAGAAGCGGAAGGCAAGCGCCCCAUUUACAUUUCCAUCAAGAGCGAAGUCUACGAUGUGAGCUCCAGUCGGGACCUGUACGGACCUUCGGGUAAGUUCGCGACGCUGGCGGGCAAAGACAUCACCCGGGCAAUUGCCUUGGGCAAAUGGAGCAACGAGAAGGAGCUGGCCAGUCUGGACCUGAUGGACUUGACGCCGGCGCAGUUCGAGACGCUGGACGAGUGGCUGGUCAAGUUCUGCAAUGGCGACAAGAAGUACCCAAAUGUGGGGCGACUGGUUGACUCUGACCUGCGGAUCACUCUCGAGGAGCUCCUAGUCUUUAACGGGGUAGACAACCCGCGUCAGACUAUUCUACUAGCCGUCCACGGCGUGUUGUAUGAUGUGACGAUGAACGGAGCCGAGUUCUACGGCCCCGGCGGCAUGUACGGCCAGUUUGCUGGUCGAGACGCGUCCAAGGCCUUGGCGUGCAUGUCGCUCGAGGAAGACGCUCUAAACAAUCCGUCGUGCGAUGAACUCACAAUAGAGCAGCGCAAGACGCUGGACGACUGGAUUAAGCGCUUCAAAGGUAAAUACGCGAUCGUGGGCAAGGUUGCAGGGAGACACGAGGGUCUAUGA